AUGGCCGCCCUCGAGGACUACAACCCGGACCGCAGCGGCUCUGACGGCUCGGACGGCACCGCCACGGCCACGGAAGGCAUCACCGCCGAACCCCUGGCGCUGAUGGACCCCGACCACGGUCUCGUCGGCUGGGACUCGCUCGACGACCCGGCCAACCCGCGCAACUUCUCCGCUUGGAAAAAAUCCUACAUUAUGACCAUGAUGGGCAUCAUCUCGACCCUCAGCCCGCUGGCCUCGUCCAUGGUCGCCCCCGGCAUCGCUGCAACCAUGGCCGAGCUGCACGAGUCCUCGGAGAUUGUCGGCUCCUUCAUGGUCACCAUCUAUGUCCUUGGCUACGCCAUUGGCCCGCUGUUCUUGGGUCCUCUGAGCGAAGUGUACGGCCGCUACCCUGUCGUCAUUCUAGCCACCUGGUUCUUCGAUGCCUGGCUGCUCGGCGGCACCCUCGCGCCCUCGAUGCCCGCCCUCAUUGUCAUGCAACUGUUUGCCGGCAUCGGCGGCUCGGCCGUCAUGACCAUUGCGCCGGCCAUGGUGGCGGACCUGUUCCCCGUCGAGAAGCGCACCUUCACCAUGUCCCUCAUCACCAUGGCCCAGAGCGUCGGCCCUGCCAUCGGCCCCAUCUGCGGCGGCUUUAUCGUCGAGUACCUCAACUGGCGCUGGACCUACUGGCUGCUGUUGAUUGUCACGGGCGCCACCAAUGCCGGCCUUACUCUGUAUAUGCCCGAGACGUACGCGCCCCGCGUCCUCCAGAAAAAGGCGGCCCGCAUGCGCAAGUCCUCGGGCCGGGCCGACCUCUACCCUCUGCUCAACCGCAAGACGAGCACGCGCGACGUCCUGCUGCGCAGCAUCAUCCGCCCUAUCAAGUUGCUGACGCGCUCGGCCAUUGCAUCACUGCUGUCCUUUUACAUUGCCACCAUGUACGGCAUGUUGUACCUCAUGUUUACCACCAUCCCGGCCGUCUUUGGUGAUUUGUACGGCUGGAACGUCUCCGUCGCCGGGCUCGCCUAUGCUCCGUUCGGCAUCGGCAUGAUUCUUGGCCUCGCUCUCAUCAUGGCCACAAACGACCGCACCAUUGCCAAGCUCACAAAACAAAACAAUGGCGUCUACGAACCCGAAAUGCGCCUGCCCCAUUGCGUCUACUACGCCGCCUGCGUCCCCAUUUCCUUGUUCUGGUAUGGCUGGUCCACCCAGGAACGAGUCCACUGGUCCUGUCCCGUCAUCAGCCUCUUGUUCUUUGGUAUUGGUAUCAUUGGCAUCUUUAUCCCCGUCGUCACCUAUUUGGUCGACGCCUUCACGCCCUUUGCCGCCUCGGCCGUCGCCGCCAACCGGACCGCCAUGUCUAUUAUGGGCGCGUUUCUGCCUCUCGCCGGCGCGCCCCUCUAUGCCGCCCUCGACUACGGCGGCGGCAACACCGUGCUGGCCGUCAUUGCACUGGUGAUGACGCCCCUGCCCGUUGUUUUCUACAAGUACGGUGCCACCACCCGGCGGCGGUGGCCGGUGGAGUUGUAA